AUGUCGACAGCUGCGUCUUCGUCGAAAGUGACUUCGUCGAUGACGCUUCCAAAUGAACUCUGGCUUCCAAUUUUUGAAUAUCUGCCUCCACGGUCGCUUCGUAACGUUGUCUUGACGUCGAAGAAAUUUCAUGCAGUCGCCAUCCGUCUUCUUUACAAGCAUCUGAUUCUGACGUCCCCGACAUCGUUUGUAACGGCCCGCUCCGCUCUAUCUUCCAUCCAACCUUCACCACACGCUCUUCUGCUGAGUAUUUCCCCGUUCGUACGCACCGUAGAGCAACUACAAGAAGCUGUCGCUGUUGUUUCCUUUGACGGGUUGAAGCCAAUUACUGAUGCCUACCAACCAAGCCUGGUUGCGGAUACCGCCCUCUAUAACACUCUCCUCUCACAAGUGACUUCAUUUACAUCUCUCAGACAGCUCGUCUUCCGCGGUAUGAUUCUCCCAGGCAAUUUCCACUCUAUCGUACACGACUUUCCACACUUGCAUGAUUUAGCGGUUGUGCACUGCACCGUUCCCUUCGUUCGUGCCCCUCCAGAUAUUGACCACACUUCCCUAAACAUCGAAACUCUUACCCUCCUUGACAUUCGCGCUACUUCUCGAUCCGACGAUGACGACAUGAAUCUUCCCCGUACCCAUCUACGCUUGCUUGCAAAAGCCUCCACCCUCCGCACUCUCACAUAUGAUCAUACCGUCUGGGUACACCGCAUUUUCACAUCUUCUUCCCCAUCUCCCCCGCUCACUGCCCUCGACGUCAAGUUCCCUGUCCAGAAAGACCGUCCCAGAGUUCCAAUGGGCUUCAUCCCGUUCCUCGAGACUCUUCCAUCUCUCCAGACUCUCAUCCUGCGAAACCACGUACCCGCACUCUCAUUGUCAUCAAGCGCUCUUCCGGCUCUCUGUGCCAUUUCUGCCCCUUUCUCUGCCAUCACUUCUCUCUGUUCCGGCCGUAGCAUUGUCAAACUCGACAUCCGAGAUGAGGCUGUGCUUACGCCACUUUACAAGGCAUUUGCAGAAGUGCACUCUGACUUGUCGACGGUGCAAGAGCUCUCCCUGUUCGUAGGGGACUGGGACGACGAGCUCAUGCUGGCCAUCGUCGUACAUUUCCCCAAUUUGACCAAGUUACAAAUCAGGUAUGCUAGGGGAGGGCCAAGUGAGGACACCAUCAUCGGAAUGGGUUCACGUACAUUGUACGCUCUUCCACAUCUUGUGUCUGUGCACAUCUUCUGCAUCCCUCUGCCCCCACUUCCUCAAAAUUUCCUCGAGACGAACAACCUUGAUGAUGACACCGCAUAUGGCGCUCCUGGUAUCGACGAUACUUAUUUCCAGAGCAUGCAUGACAUCGAUCUGGACACAGAUACCAGCCUGGAGCAGGAUAACAGCGACGAUGAUUAUAGCAUACCCUACCGGUGCCGCGCUCGCAACUCUCACAAUACACUUCCUGCCAUCUAUCAAGACAUAGACAUGGACUUGGACGUGGGCAUGGACAUAGGCACUUGA